AUGAAGUAUCGCGGUGUGGUCUACGAUGUCGGACUGAACUUCAACGGCGACAAAUUCUCCGUCGAACCGUUCAAUCCGGCGUUGGUAGAGUACGAUAUGCGGGCCAUCGCCAACGAUCUACACGCAAAUGCCGUCCGAAUCGAAGGCGAGGAGAUACAUCGACUCGAAAUCGCCACACGCUCCGCGCACUCCAUGGGCCUCAAGGUAUUCUUUAAUCCGUGGAAGAUGAAUGCAGACAUUGCCGGGACUCGCGCAUACUUUGAAAAGGCAGCUAAGGCAGCUGAGAGACUGCGAAAGGGAGGUAUUGGCCUAGUCUUCGUCGCCGGCUGCGAAUACACGAUCUUCGGCAAAGGUGUCUUCCCUGGUGACACAUUCAACGAGCGUGCUAUGUUCCUUGGCUCUCAGUUUGUUGGCGGCCACCUUUCGGACGACCUUUCCCAGGCCCUACGCGAGAUGUCCGUGGAGCUGAAUCAAGUCUUGCGGUCUUUCGUUGAGGUUGUUCGCGCACAGUUUAAAGGACCCAUAACAUACUCGGCUGGCUCCUGGGAGCUCGUGGACUGGGACAUCUUUGACAUCGUCGGCAUCGACUAUUAUCGCCGAGGCGAGACGGCAGAAAAAUACGUCUCGGGCCUCGAUCGUUAUAGACUCGACAAGCCUCUCGCCGUGCUCGAAGUCGGUUGCUGCGCCUACGAGGGGGCGUCCGCACGAGGUGAUGGCGGCUUUGUACUCCUAAAGGGCACGAAUCCAGAUGGAACGGGCAUCUUUGAAGAUGAUAUCGUUCCAACACGGAGCGAAGACGAACAGGCCGAUUAUGUGGGGACACAGCUCGAGCUUCUCGACAAGGCGGGCGUCGACGCGGUCUUCAUCUAUGUGUUUUCCUUCCCGUGCCUGCCGACUGGAGAAGGGAAAAGGGAUUUUGAUAUGAUGUGUUUCUCGCUGGUUAAGCACUUUCCGGAGCAUGACCCGAGGUCAAAGGCUAUGCCUCCGUGGGAGCCCAAGGUGUCGUUUCACCGGCUCGCGGGUCUUUUCCAUUCAAUGGGUGCACAAGACGUUGGUGGUACUUAG